AUGGACGACGACAUGCAGAACAUCGGCGGGACGGACGACAACACCUUCUUUGACACGUCGACCGACUCUCUGCCGCUCGAAGCUCCCACGCAAGUAAUGCCUGCUUUUGCGCAGGAUAGGGACUUGAGUAGCUUUUACGAUCAACUCAUGCAGAACGACCCCGCGCCGCAACCCUCCCAGCAGCAGCAGCAGCAGCAGCAACAGCAGAAGCCGCAGCAGCAGCAGCAUCAAUCCCAACUUCAGCAACAGCAGCAGCAGCAGCAGCAGCAGCAGCAGCAGCAGCAGCAGCAGCAGCAGCAGCAGCAGAGUCAGCUAGCGAACCCGUCACACGACGCCUCCGCGUCUGCCGCAGCGAUGCGCAGGCGCGGCGAGCACGAGAGCCCCCAGGGCUUGUCGGCUAAAUCCCUCGCCGCGGCGCUUCUAGACCCCAAGUCCGACGUGGGCCACCGCAUUCGCUGCUCCGGCGUCGCGGCUUUAACGCCGUCCGAGCAGCAGCUGCUACUGGCGGCGCUGCAAAAAGAAGCUCAGGAAUCGGCGGCGGCGGCGCAACCCAUCUCACGCAGACCGGCGGGAUCUGCGGCGGAAAUCGUGCCUCGAGUGCAUUCUUUCGGCUCAUCUCCUCCCGCGCGCUUCGGCGAGUUUACUGCCGCAACAGGCGCCGCCGAUCACGCCGCAGGCGAGGACUCCAGAAGCGCGGGACACAGGAAAUCGGCGUCAUUCUCCGUCGGCCAACGGAUCGCCGCGGGUUCCGCCGCCAUGGCCGCCGAUCAUUCGUCAGGUCUACGGUCGAGGCGGGGUCUUCCGGACCUACAUGAAGUCCGUGGUUCGCAUGCAGGCCACGGCGGCUCGGGAGUGUUACCUCUUACCCGCCCGAGCCCCUCCGGAAAGCGCGAUGCGGAAGGAAACCUUGUUGUAUGCACGCCGGGGCGCUUCUCGACGCUAGGAGCCAGCCCGCAUGGGCCUCUUCAACUGGCGGAAGGAGGCGGCGGCUCCGGAGACAGCGCGCACCUGUCUAUUAGCCCGGAGGCGGUUUUGGCAGCGGAGCUUUCGAAGAUCGGUGUGUCGCCUGCCGUCAUUGCCGCUGCGGCUAACGCGUCGGCUCGCAACGUAGGAAGCGGCAUGGGGGAUGUUUCCGCGCAAUGGGGAAGGGGAGGGCUAAACCCUAAAGCGAGGACGGGGAGCUGGGGAGGGGAAACGGGCAAGGAAGGGGGGAAAAGGCACGCGGGCGCUGGGGUGUUCGCGGGGACAGCGGGUAUGGCGGGAUUAUUCCCGCCGCAGGACGACAGCCCGCCUGGGGGAAGUGGAAGCAUUUCGAGCGGGCGCAGCGCGCAGCAGCAGGCCGCGGCCGCCGGGGGUCAGCAGCAGUCGCUACAGAAGCAGGGAUCCGGAUCAGAUUAUUCCAUGGACGGCCAUACGGAAGGCCCUACAUUGUUUGCCGGCAGUCCCGGCGCCGACGGCGGAGGCGCGGGAGGCGGAAACGCCAACACGCAUGGCCACAUGGCUGGGUACUCUACCAAGCCGCGGAGCGUCGCGGAGCGCAUGCGGAGGGAGAAAAUCACGUCGCGGCUUCAAAGCCUCAAGGAGGUGCUUCCUAAGAUGGACGCUAAGACUGACACGUCAGCGAUGCUGGAGGAUGCGGUGGUGUACAUUCAGUCGCUGCAGGCGCGGUGUAAAGCGCUCGAGCGACAGAACGGGGCUCUGUCGCAGCAGCUGCGCGAAAUCGGGGUUACACCAGCGGUGAUCAGUAACCCUCCGUUUUAUAAUCAUCAAUAA